AUGACUGCCCGCGGGACCGCGAGCCGCUUCCUUACGAGCGUCCUACACAAUGGGCUGGGUCGCUACGUGCAGCAGCUGCAGCGCCUCAGCUUUAGCCUCAGCCGUGACGCGCCCUCGUCCCGCGGCGCCAGGGAGUUCGUGGAACGGGAGGUGGCCGACUUCGCCCGCCGGAAUCCCGGGGUCGUCAUAUAUGUGAACCCGCGGCCGUGCUGUGUGCCAAGAGUAGUGGCCGAAUACCUUAAUGGGGCUGUGCGCGAGGAGAGCCUCAACUGCAAGUCGGUCGAGGAGAUCGCCACGCUGAUGCAGAAGCUGGCCGACCAGUCGGGCUUGGACGUGAUCCGCAUCCGCAAGCCCUUCCACACAGACAGUCCUAGCAUCCAGGGCCAGUGGCACCCCUUCACCAACAAACCGACAGCACUGGGCGGGCUGCGCCCUCGAGAGGUCCAGAAUCCUGCCCCGACCGAGCGGCCAGCCUAA